AUGACGCCGAGACUAGCAGCAUGUGAAGCAUGCAGAAAGUCAAAGCUGGCGUGCGACCACAAACGGCCGGCGUGUACUCGCUGCCGUAAUGCCAAUCGAAUUGGUAUGUGCGUUUAUCGGGACGCACCGUUCAAGCGGAAAAGAGUGCAGGUGUCCUCUCCGUCGGGUGUGGAACUUGCGGAAAGCCCUCGUUCUCCAGACCAGCCGCCUGCAUCGCCGAGUCUGAGGCGGCACCCAUACCCCAACCCUGGGUAUCUGGGGCUUUCGAGUCAUGUAUCUAUAUUCAAUCAUAUCGCACCGGAUGGAGACAGCGGUGCUGAUAUUUCAACGGCUACGAUGCCGGGCUACUCAUCUGAGAGCUAUGAGUUGACACAACGGGGUGCCGACGCUCUAAGCCAAUUUCUCAGCACAUAUCCCCUGAAGGCCACCAUAAGCUUCGUUAAUUUCUGGCUAGCCACAGGUAUCAACCUGGCCUUGGCCGGGCCGUUUGUGGAGCAAUGUGCUGAGAGCAUGAACAACUUGCUACCCCUAGUGGCAAAUAAAGAUGGGCACUUGGUAUACGCACGACAAUUGCUGCAGAACUCAGCGAAGCCACUUCAGUUCAACCACACAUCCGACCUUGCUAGUUUCUCGGCCCAGUUCUUCAAUGAAAACGCAAGAUGGGAAACAGUUGGCAUUUUCUUUGCUGCAGUUAGCCGAGCAACCAUUGAUGUGCCGUAUUUUCCCUCUUUGUAUCUAUCUGAACAGCAGAAAUAUGCACUGCGAAGAUCUGCCACCAAGCUCAGUGACUAUGCCUUGGAAAUAUCUCUUUCUCUUGACUGUCUCAACGACUUACAACUUAUCUUCCAGUACGAGAAUUUUAUUGUUCAUUCAAAUGUCGAUGGGGACCAGAGUUACCAUUCCUGGAGAAGACUUGGAGAUGCAAUAGCUUCUACAUUUGCCUUAGGGUACCACGAAAAUAUCGAAAACAAACCAGAUCUUCCACCAUUCUUAGUUGAACUUCGCAAACUGGCCUCUGCUCGGCUUUACUCGGCAGACAAGAACAUAGCCAUUUUCCUCGGGCGCCCACCCCGAAUGAGUAAGCGAUUUUGCCAUUUCCAGCUUUCUUCAAGCUGGACUGGAUUCGAUAGUGACAGCCCCGAGCAUAUCACGGCAGCUCUUGGAGGGCUGCAAGAUGCAAAGGCGAGCUAUAAAGCUGAGACACGUUGGUCUGCGUUGUGUGCGUCGCUCAAGGAAGAGAUUAUGGAAAUGUUUUGCGACAAUAGAAAGGACACGUUCAUUGAGAGGGCCAGUGUACUCCAAGAGAAAGCAGAGGCGUAUUGGGAGGCACUCCCGCCCCACUUUCGACUAGAAGGAAGCUUGAAGCAAUGCACUCAGAAUCCGUUCGAGAGGGAUUUCGUGGUGGCUGUACGACUAAACCACCUACAUGUGUUGUUCUUAUUGCGUCUUCUCCUCUUGAACACACCGGCUGAACCAGAUAUGCCCAUAACAGAGGUGGCGCAACAAAUGAUGUCCCUAGUUGUAGAAGGCAUCUUACUCCGAGAUCAGCUUGUGAACUCAGGGACUGCACUUGUUUGGAGAGUUGCAUAUUACGGCCUCCCAGCAGCUGGAAUUAUUCUUCUAGCCAUGUUGCGACAGCAAGAUAUUCCCAGUUCAUCACAGAUUUCUUGGACCCGAGCGGUACAGGACUUGACCGUCUUUGUAGCGGAAAUCGAAGCAGGGAUGUUUAUUGACACCAUGCACCCUCAGGUUACUCAUCGCCGUGUGGACGAGAGUUGGACUGGCUUUCUAAGCCAAGAUCCGUGGGACUUCGAGUAUUCCUUCUGGGAAAAUCUGGCCGAUCACCCAUCAUUAGACACCUUGCCUAGCCUGUGA